AUGUCCGCUCCCAUCGUGGUCCCAGCUCACUUAUCCUACCUCGCCAUAUUCAACCCUUCUCUCGGCUCCACCGACGAGGCACUGCGCGAUCAGAUUGUGUUUUACUACUCGCACAAGCUCGAGGCAGAGAUUGAGCGACAGACGAGGGAGAAAAACGCCACACGCGGGAAAGAUGUGUCGAGCCGUGAGCGGGAUGCAGCCGAAAAGAAGCAGGAAGCCAUAGAGAAUGAAAGAUUGCGGCAGGUUGGCCUAGCACAGGGGAUGGUCAAUUUUGCAAAGAACUUUUCCAAUGGCGGAUCACUCGAGUCUGUAGACACAGAGAAGUCGCGGGUCGUGCUGAAGGAAGUCGAGCCUGGAUGGUGGAUUCUGGCCGCCGUUGCCCUCACGCAACUACCUGCGGCGAACAGGGUAUCCUCAGCCACAUCAAGCAAUGCGCGGUCGGGCAGAAACACGCCAAUGGGCGAGGCUGCAACUUCAAGAAACGUCGAAUACUCCUCGAGAGAAGUCGCGCCAGCGCCGCUGCUGCUUGUACAGCUCCUCCAAGCACACCGGAUAUUCCUGCUUCAUCAUGCGUCAUCCUUGUCUGAGUUAUGGAAGAAGCAUGAGGCUAAAAGAGAAUUGUUCUGCAGUCUUCUCCAUCGAUACUGGUCAAGGUUCAUCUGGAACUGGGAUGUUCUUCUACAUGGCAACCCUACGGUCGACCUCUACGAUGCGAUUAAGCUCGCUAGUGGUGGAGAGCUCGGUGUCGGGGUUGGCGAAGAAGAUUGGGGUAGUGGUGAGCGAGAAGUACUGGAAGGGUUUGCUGCACGGAACGAGGGCCUCGUUGAUCUUGUGGUUGGAAGAUACGGGGAUGUCCCAUCCUCAACCGGAGUCCCUGGCACGAGUGCAUCACAACUAGGGAAAGACUCAUCACCAUGGUUGGGCAACGGAGACAAUUCCAGAGCUGAAGAUGGGAUUGUCUUUUCUGGCAUCGGUGGCAUUUCAAGGCGUUGUCUGACCACAGUCUCGCAGUGGAUGGAGUCUGUCUACGUGUCCGGCGAUGCCGCAUACGGAGUUGGCGAGAAUCCUUCUUCCCGCCCUAGAAAUCGGCGGAGGAGAAGGAAAAUUGAUGAACAAGCUGCUCCAGGGCGAACUUCGCCCCCAGCUGAGACAGUUCAUUCAACAAACAAGUCUCCGCCAGCGAAGGCGGUGGACCUACGACGCAAAGCGAUUGAGAAUAAUGCCACACCGCCCGGCAUCCCGCCACCGCUUGUCAGCGCUGUGGAGACAUCAUUGGACAAUGCCAUAGCCAAAGCAGAUGGAAAAACUCUCUCGGGCCAAGAUCGAGGCCGUGGGCAUUCAACCACUGAGCCAAGUCCGCAAACCACAGAGCAGGCUUCCUUGUUUAAACCAGAGAAAAUGAUGAAAUAUCUCAGCCUUGGAUACGGGUCGAGCUGGACUUUAAAUCCCAAAGGCUUCAACGCUGAAGGUCCAUCAAAAACACCAGCUGAUCAAGAUCAUAAGUCGAGCAAAGAAGGGAUUGUGAAUAGGGAAACACCUACGGAAGCUCAGCUACGCGAGCUCGAUCCCACACCAGAAGUCAGCGAUGAGGAAGGAACCCCGUUCGUGCAGCGUCUGGAGGAGUCUAUCGGCAAGUUCUUGGUUGGAUUAUCUGGCGACCUUGAGAACACGGAAUUCGAGGACGAGUCGAAUGAUGAGGGAACCGCUGAAGCGGGUCCUGACAUUCCAACGCAGCGAGAAGAAGCACCGAGUCGGAUUGUGCUUCGCACCCUGACGGUGGAGAUGUCUACUGCCAGGUUUUCUCAGCGUGCUGGUGCAGAGCAGCAGCCAUCAGAGCCCAGCAGAGGCACCCCCGAGAGCGAUUCCUCCAGAGGCAAGACAAGUGCUGCGGCAUCUGCGGACGGUGCUCAACCGGUCGUCACUCAUGAAAAGGUCCAAGUUGUGGUCUACGUCCACCAGCCAUUCAUCUUCGUGUUCCUGUUCCAGUUGCACACGCCAAAUCUCACAAUCCCAGCUUUCUACCGUGGUAUCCACCAUACGCUAGGCCCUUUGCAAAAAAGUCUCCUGAGAAGCACGGAUCCAGAGCGCUGGAGGGAGCGUAUGAGAGGAGGCCUCGGGAUCGAGUCAGGCUCUCCGGGCCAGGACGGUAGUAGCGUGCCGCCCCUACCCGAGCCGAAAGACGUCAGUGAAAUGUACGACCUCCUUUAUGACCCGGCGAAGUAUACGAUUCGGACUUCUAUUCCGAAUAUACCGUUGCCAGGAAGCCUUGCCGCCGAAGGGUUGCAUCGAAGCCCACAGAAUGCUCGUCCAAUCACCGUCUCAGGCUCAUGGUAUACUCUUGGAAUACCUGUAGGCUCAUCAUCUACGGCCAAUAGCACAGACUCUCCUAGUGCGGCGGCAUUAGUCAAGAGCCAUUGGACUCGUAUCGAGGCCCUGAAUGUCUAUACUCAGAUUCUAAGUACCUGGACGGCGAGUCGCGACAGGCAAGCUGGUCUAACAGAUGCUCGACCACACAGCGAGGAACUGGAGAGAACAAUCAAGACGAGUAGAAGCUGGUGGAUUGUAUGGAUGAAGAUAUCGACUUCAAACCAGAUGAGUUGCCCAACCAGCAAAAACUGUGCCAAAGAAGCGAUUCUUGUCAGGAGAUCUCCCCAGGAUGGUUCCACUUCAUCCAGGGAGACGUCUCGGUCGCGAUCAGAGGCCAGAAAUGCCAGCUCUGCUGGCAGAUGGCUCCUUCGCGACCAACCUCGAAGUCGGGAAGUCAGCGGCGCCAGCGCAAUGUCUAGUCCCGGCGCAGCCAAUGCACAAGGGGUCACUGAAAGCGUAGGUGUCGACGCUAAGAGAUGGGUAGAAGCCCUGAUUCGGCUGAGUACGUGA